GACCCUUGUCAUCCAUAAGAGCAGCAAUCAAGAGAUCACUCAUGAAUAGUGCACAUCAAAAAUGCCCCGUGGAAGAGCUUCUCGGACCUCUAACCAUAGUGAGCAGCAGAGGGAUAGAAGGCGUCCUGAAAUCACAAUAGUUGCUGCUGAACCCCUCCGGCCGUCCUCCUGGUUUCCAGGUGCAAGCCCUGUAACUCCCCAGGGAUUAGGAUUCCCUUCUGCUUCGUCUCAUGCUCAGUGGAGAACAAGUGAGCUUAUUCCAGCUGAGCAACCACCAUCUUAUGAGCAAGUGAUAAAAGAAAUUAAUCAAGUACAAGUCAAUACAACCAAUAAYAAUAAUGCUGCUGCUCCUAGACAUACCACUACUUCUGCAACACAAACUGACUUUCCAGAGGAWCUAAUCAGCCGUUUUCCAGGAAGUAAUGUAAAAAACAGUCUGCCUGCACGCUGGGAAUCUGCAAACUAUACAGCAGGGCAGGGUCCUCUCAAACCUCCUAGGCCUUCUGCAUCUCUCCUGAAUAGGUCAUCUUCMGAAAAUGAGACUCCCUUAAUAGUCUUUGAAAGUUCUGAGAAUCAGAGGUGCCAAGAAAAUCCCAAUGCUGUGAUAUGUCCUGUGCCAAAGCCAAGAUCAAAAAGCAAUCUUCGACCUGUGGUCCAAAAUUCUGAAAGUAGAGUACCAGACAAUGGAGAAGUGAAUCAGGCCACCACAAGAAGGCAGCAACCUCCAAUUCAGCAGUCAUCUCCUUUAGAUGAUAGUUUACUGGACAAUCCUUUGGCAAUGGACAGUAUGAAUGCAGAAAAGAACCACAGUAGUAUUGUUUCAAGGAUCAAAGCUUUUGAAUCCCAAGCAACUAAUGAUACCUCAGGAUCAUCAAACAAGCCAGAAAUUGCUCCACGAUCAUUUGCCCCAAGACCUGUACCUGCAAAGAAACCAGUAGUUGCUCCAAAGCCAGGUGUAAGCAGAGUUUCAGGAGAUUGGGAUUUGUGGACAGAAAGCAAGUCAACACCUUCUAACAAGGAAUUGCAUGCCCAACCUGAAGUAGUUGGGAGCAGUGCUGUAACUAAACCUGAAUUGCCAAAAAAAACAAAGCCUGGUAUUGUAAAAAGUAUUAGUAGUGAUUUUGUUGAUGCAAGGAGUGGGUCGGUUGCAGAGAACAGUGAUGGACAAAAGAAGUUUCCUGUUCCCGCUCCAAGGCCACUUGUUCCCAAAAAGUCACGUUCUGUAGAAAAUCCUGCACUUCCUUUGCCUUCAGUUAAACCAGUUACUGCUGCUCCCCGUCUUUCUGUAUCUGCCCAAGAAAAAGCUUUCAAGUCUCUGGGAGAGUCACCGGCAACCAACUCCUCAUCACCUGCUUUGCAAAGUAAACCAGAUGUGGAAGGAGAUCUGAUCAGUUUUGAUGAUGAGGUUUUGCCUCUGAGUCCAAUUAGUAUAGUUAAAGAUAGCAGCAGUUCUGAAGCAGCAGCAGAUCCAUUCCAGAUCCCCUCCAAAAGUGAGCCUGUAAAGGAACAGACAGUUCAACCAGCUUUACCCCGGAAACCCACUGUUAUCCGAAUCCCAGCUAAACCCGGGAAAUCUUUAAGUGAAAUCCCAUAUAGCCCUCCACCACUUCCUGCUGAAAAGCCUAUUGGGAACACUUCUUCUGUCGCAGUGGGAGAAUGCAACAAUGGUGAUCAAGUAAAAAAGGUGGAGUCGGAUCAUUCAGAACAGCCAGGAGCACCUCACACAGAGCCUGCGCUUCCCCCAAGGCCUGUGAAUGGAAAGAUUAUACCAGCCCGACCUCCCCCACCUAAAGGUGCUCCUGGAAGGCCACCUCCACCAAAGCUCUCUGCAGCCAAGACCUCCUCCCAAAAGGACCCUCUUUCCCGCUCCACUUCUGACCUUGCUUGUGACAGAAAAAACAGCAAGUUCAGAUUGGGAGCCAAGAGAGCAAAGAGCCAAGUCUUAAAAAAUCAAGAUCCAGCAUUACCUCCUAGGCCUAAGCCAGGUCAUCCUCUCUACAAUAAAUACAUGCUACCUGUGCCUCAURGAGCUGCCAAGGAAAACCACCUUCCCAGGAACCCCAGAGAACCGUCCUGUAAGGAUUCAAACCCUCCUCCAAAGGCUUCUGUCACAAAUGGGCCUCAUGCUGUAGUCUUGCACAAUUUUCCUGCGGAGCACGCUGAGGACCUGGAGCUUCGCUCUGGAGACACCGUUUGCCUUCUGGAGAAGAUUGACGCGGAGUGGUACAGAGGAAAAUGUGGGAAUCUCACAGGGAUAUUUCCAGCCAACUUUGUUAAAGUAGUUAUUGAUGUUCCAGAAGAAAACAACAAGAAAAAAAUAGUCUGUGCAUCGCAUUGUGUGAAAGGCCCAAGAUGUGUUGCCCGGUUUGAGUAUAUUGGAGACCAGAAAGAUGAACUCAGUUUUUCAGAAGGUGAAACUAUCAUCCUUAAAGAAUAUGUAAACGAUGAAUGGGCCAAAGGAGAGCUGAGAGGCACAUCUGGAAUUUUCCCAUUGAAUUUUGUGGAAGUAAUAGAAGACCUUCCUGAAACAGGUGUAAGGGCAUCGCCGAAGAGCAAGGUGGAAGGUUCCUCUUCCCUUCCUCAGAACAACCGACAUUCAGUAGAGUGGUGUGAAGCACUACAUGAUUUUACAGCAGAAACCAAAGAUGAUUUAUCCUUCAAAAAGGGAGACUGCAUCCUAAUACUGGAACAAGUAGAUGCAGAGUGGUACAGAGGAAGACUGAAUGAGAAGGAGGGGAUUUUCCCAGCGGUUUUUGUUCAGACCUUCUCAGCCAGGGUCGAGUCACAGGGUCGAGGAGGGAAGAAAGGAAAAGCCAAAGCUCUUUAUGAUUUUCAUGGAGAAAAUGAAGAUGAGCUUUCAUUCAAAGCGGGCGAUACAAUAACAGAGCUGGAAGUCGUGGAUGAGGACUGGAUGAGUGGAGAGAUGCAAGGAAAAUCGGGGAUAUUCCCCAAAAACUUUGUUCAAAUUUUAAGAACACCAUGAAGCAUUGCCUGCCUUUGUGCUCCCUGCAUGGGGGGGAGAAUGUUUCCAUCCCAAAGGCACAGCGAGCAAGGACAUGGCCUUUCUUUGACUAUCAACAUGUUUUGCACUACUUUUUUCUAGACAGUCAUACCAGUAUCUUGAAGUCAAGUAUGAAAAUUGUAGUCUUUUGUGACAGUGUAUUUAGCCUCAUGCUUCACGAACACUGGGAGAAGAAAUAAAAGGAAGAUUUUUAGCGGAUUCCAGUUAAGGAAGUAUGGAGGAGAAGUACCAUUUUAAUUUAACUUCUUGUUCUUAACGUUCUACUACGUUUACUGUCUGCUAAUACAUUUAUCAUGUAUAAAGCCUGCAUAAGGUAAGCUGCUUUGGGCUUCUUCAAAACUUUUCUUAAAUCUAAAUUAAAAAGUAGUUUUUAAGAUAUAAUCACAACGUUCGGUAUGUAAAUCAGGUUCAAUAUUCUGGUUUUCUUACUGUUUGACUUCCACAUUGAAGUGGAAUCCACCUCUUUUAUGACUGAGAGGAUAAGGCAGAUAAGUUAUGUCAGUAGAAAAUUAUCAAAUCUAAUGAUAGAGGAAGGCUCAGAAGCGAGCCCUUGUGGGUACUGUUCUUCUGUUCUUAGAUGGAAACUGUUUAUAGAGGGGGAAAUCAGAAAAAUAAAAUAGAAGCAUUUUGCCCCUUGAGAGGAUUCAAACCACUCCAGACCAUCUCCUAAAUGUUGCUUGCCCGCCCCACGCUCGCCUGCAGUUGCUGGGUUUCCAUCUUUCUGGAAUUACUGUUCUGAYAGCUCCUUCUCCUGCCCCAGCAGUAGCUGGUGGAGCGAGCAGUGCCGCUCUGGCCUCAGCUCCCCUCACCGUGGUGCAGGGGCUGGAGCUGCUUGCCGCUCCCUGCGGCUCGGGAACGCGCCUCC